AUGAAUUUGACCAAGAAACGCAGCAUCUUUUGCCGGCCCACCUGCGGCACUUGGUACUCCUUCACAGGUGCGACCGUUGGUGCAGCCGCCGCCUGGCCCGACGGCGAGCCGCCCGACGACGGGUCGCCCGGCUCGUCCCCCUCGAGACGGCGCUUGCGCGACAUCGGGGACGCAGACGUGGAGCGCGCCGCCGAGGAUGAGCCACAUGAGGUUGAGUGCGAGGCGUUUGCUCUCGCUGGACGCAUUGGCGGGGCUGGCGACGCGCUGCAGCGACAGGAUGAUGAGCAUGGUAAACUUAUCGCGCAACUCGUAAAAGAGGUCCGGGUGGCGCACGAGGAACUGGAAGAUGCUGCUCGUCUGCUGGGCGUUGUGGCUCUCCUCGGCGAGGAUGCGGCGCGGCGCGGCGGCCCAGACGGCAGCGUUGCGGUCGUCGCCUUUGGGCUUGAAGCGCUUGGGCAGGACGGGCGCAAUCAGCUCGAGCGCCUGGCUGACGAGCGCGCGGCCCUCGCUCUGGUUGGUCUUGAGCAGCGAGUAGUAGACCUGCGACACGAUCUUGACGGGCGUCUCGUAAUGCGCAAUGAAGUAGCCGAGGAGCACGUAGGCAGCGUUCUUGUUCAUCGCGUCGUCGUUGCGAAUGUCCUGCAGGAUGACGUGGUGGUACUUGACAAUCAUCGCCGUCAGCUGCAUCACCUCCAUGCGCGUGUAGUCGACACCGCCCACCGCGGCCGCGGCGGCGUCGUCCUGGCUGUCGACCAUGCUGGCCUGCCAGAUCUUGCUGUUGAUGGACUCGAGGAUCUGCUUGUCGGCGAACAGCGGCGAGCCCUUGUCCUUGUCCUUCUCGCCCAGGCGGUCCCAGUGGCGCAUAACGUCCAUGGCGACGAUGGGGUUGACCAUGUUGUGCAGCAGGUACGACUUGGUCUUGUGGCUGGCCUUCUUGCCCGCGUAUACCUCGAGGCAGCGCAGAACGAGCGAACGGCAAAAGUCGACCGACUCGUUGCAGACAAUCUUCUUGUAGAUGUGCGCGUGGAACGCAGGCGUCGCGCGCAGGUCUUCGGCUGUGACGCACUCGACCAGGCUGAGCAGCAUGUCGGUGUCGUCGACGUGGAGAUCGAGGUACUUGGUCAAGAUCGCCAUGAGCUGCUCGGCGGCCUGGUUGGCGGCCAGGCGGAGCUCCGGCGGGUAGGCGUUGGCGCGCAGGCGCUCCUCGAGCGUCUUGGCCACCGCCUUGAGCCACGGCACGGCCGUGCUGUGGUGGGCGGCCAGCGAGUGCAGGAUGUGCACCGUGUUGAUGACGGCCACAAAGCGCGUCUCCUUCUGCUCCUCGACAAUCGUGUUGCAGCUCUUGAUGAGCUCGUCGACGUGGGCGUCGCAGUAGUCGCGGAUGGCCUGGCUGUCGGGGUCGUCCAGCGCCUGUGCCAGGAACCUGCCGUACUUGAGCUCUUCAAUGCGGCUCGUCAGCAGGUUGCAGCACUCGUCGGGAUAGCGGUUGAGGUAUUUGUAGACGGGCGCACGCAGCGGACUAUGGUGGGUGCGGCGCAGCUUCUCCUCGAGGUCGAGCACGGCGUCGAUGAUGCGCUCCUUGUACAUGCGGGCAGCGUCGGGCAGCAACGGGAAAAUGCCAAAGACGCCGACAAUGGUGUUCAUCAGCACGCUCUGCUCGUAGAGCAUAAACGACACCCGCUGGAUCUCGGCCGGCUGCGCCAGUUUGCCCACGUGGUCGAGCAGCCGCGAACCAAUCUCGACCUUAAAGUAUGCCUCGUUGGCCGCCUCGCUCGUCGGAUCGGACUCGGCAUAGAGUCGAUUGAAGAACAUGGAGACAAUGGCGGCACGGGUGACGCUGGGUUUGUUGUCCUUGUUGCGCUGGUACUCGUCGAAGCCCAUGGCCGUGCUGAGGAUGCGGAUGCACGCCACGCGCAGCUGGACAAUGUGGUUGUGCGUGCGGAAUUCGGCGGACUUGCCGGCCAGCGACGCGUCGCUGGCAUCGGACAAGGCCAGGGCCUCCGUGAGGAGGCGGUCGACGUCGUCGUCAAUGGCCACAAAGUCGGUCUUGAGCGUCAGGAAGUAGGUCAGGGCGUCAAUAAGGCCAAUCUGGAUCGCAAACGGCAGUGCGCGCAGCGGCUUCUGGAACAGCGGCGUGAGCAGACGCUCCUUGUGGGGCUCGAUAAUCUCCCAGACCUGGGCACCAAUGUUCUUGGCAAUCUGCUCCAGCGAAUUCUUCGCAGUGCUGCGGACGUGCUUGUUCAUGUCGUGGGGAGACGGCGCGCCCGGGUGCUCUUCGGCGCUGCCACGGCAGUGGUCGACGGAGCGGGCGUCGAUGUCGCUGCCGCUGCCGCCGGCUGCGGUGUAGCCUGUGCGACUGCGGCAGGCGCGGGAGUGGGCGUGGAUUGGGGUGUGGUCUGA